GAUCAGUUUAGCUGUGGCAGCCAACGAAAUAAGUUCCCAACAAGCAAAAUGCUGAAAGUACGCAGCGGUCUAUCUAUAAUUCAGACGCAAAAAGCGGCCCCCUCUAUCAGUUGUCAGCUGCGUUGGAAGGCCACAUCUGUUGCAGCAGAGCCUAGAAAUGAUGCUGAGUGGCUAAACGCUCGUCCCUUUGAGGAGAUUCCUCGCACCACAUUUUUCUCUAAUGUUCGGAACUUUAUGCCUGGAGGAAAAUAUAGCAAAUUGGACAUUAUGGCAUUGUUUAAAGCCUUGCGCGAGGACUAUGGAAACAUAUUCUAUUUAAAAGGUAUGAUGGGAGGCGAUUCAUUCGUAAGCACACACAACCCCACGGAUUUCGAGGUGGUAUUCCGGAACGAGGGCGUAUGGCCCCAUCGGCCUGGUGGCGAUACUCUUCGCUAUCAUCGGGAUACGCAUAGAAAGGACUUCUUCCAGGGAGUGGAGGGAGUUUUAGCCACCCAAGGAAAGACCUGGAGCGACUUUCGAUCCAUUGUAAAUCCCGUGCUAAUGCAGCCGAAGAACGUGCGGCUUUACUAUAAGAAGAUGUCCCAAGUGAACCAGGAGUUUGUGCAACGUAUCAAAGCGCUCCGUGACGUCGACACCCUGGAGGCUCCUGAUGAUUUCAUACACAUUAUAAAUCGCUGGACGCUGGAGUCUGUUUCUGUGGUGGCCCUGGACAAGCAAUUGGGACUGCUCAAGGAGUCGGUCCAGAAUGACGAGGCCAUGAAGCUCUUCGAGUGCCUGGAAGAUUUCUUCGAAGUCUCAGCCGAUUUGGAGAUGAAGCCCUCCGCCUGGCGUUACUAUAAAACUACCAAGCUGAUGAAACUAAUGAAAGCUCUGGACGGCAUUCAGGAAGUAACCUCAGCGUUUGUAGAUGAAGCCAUAGAGCGUCUGGAGAGGGAGGCCAAGGAGGGAAUUGUCCGCCCGGAGAGUGAGCAGAGUGUACUUGAAAAGCUGCUCAAGGUCGACAAGAAGGUGGCGACGGUUAUGGCCAUGGAUAUGCUAAUGGCCGGAGUGGAUACGACCUCGAGUACAUUUACAGCGGCCCUGCUGUGUUUGGCCAAGAAUCCGGAGAAGCAGGCCAAACUCCGAGAGGAGGUGAUGAAGGUUCUUCCCCAGAAGGACACCGAGUUCACGGAGGAGUCAAUGAAGAACGUUCCGUAUCUACGUGCCUGCAUCAAGGAGUCCCAGCGUAUCUAUCCUCUGAUCGUCGGCAAUGCCCGAGUUCUCAAUCGAGACAGCGUUUUGAGUGGAUAUCAAGUGCCUGCUGGCACUUUUAUCUCAAUGGUCCCUACGGCUUUGCUAUCAAGUGAAGAGCACUUUCCUAAAGCUGACGAGUUCCUGCCAGAACGGUGGGUGCGCAACGCCACAGACGCCACCGGACUGUGCCCGGCGAAUGACUUGAAGCUGAAGAAUCCAUUUGUGUUCCUGCCCUUUGGAUUUGGACCCCGCAUGUGCGUAGGAAAACGCAUCGUGGACAUGGAGCUGGAGCUGGGCAUCGCCCGACUCAUCCGGAACUUCAACAUCGAGUUCAAUCACCCGACGGAGAACGCUUUCCGUGCCGCCCUGAUCAAUUUGCCCAACAUACCGCUUAAGUUUAAGUUUACUGACUUGUCCAACUGAAGUUUUGCCUCUACUCGUAUACCCGUUACUCAAGAAAUAUAGUAAGACUUUUCUGCUCCUCGACAAAGACUGUGUUACUAUACACAUUCUGUUGUUGGCUUCUAUGAGCGACUUAGCUGCCCAAAGCAUUGAACAGACGAAGGAGAGUACGCAGCUCAUUAUAUAUAAUUAUAUUAUUUA